GCGGUGGCGGCGGCGGCGGCAGCCGAGACCCAGACAUCUGGGACUGUUGUUGUUCUCUCGCGGCGGGACCGCCUCAGUCCGUUCGCCCAGAAGGAGACCCGGAGCUGGUCUAGAAGGGAGCGGGUGGCCGCAUCGCCUCUCUCUCCUGCUUUCCCAGAGCUGCGGCAGGCGCUGGUUCAGACACCCUGCGGUCGGUCUCCGAUGCCCUUCAGUGAGGAGGGGGCGUCAGAACCCUGGUGAGCGCAUCUCAGCCUCCGGCCCCCAACUCAGUGUCUUCGCCGCCCCCCCCCCCCCCACGCCCUCACGCCCCAGUCCGGCUGCCAUGGCUGAAAACGCAGAAGGAGACCUGAACUCCAACCUGCUCCACGCCCCCUACCACACCGGGGAUCCUCAGCUAGACACGGCCAUCGGGCAGUGGCUCCGUUGGGAUAAGAAUCCCAAAACAAAAGAGCAAAUUGAAAAUCUGUUACGGAAUGGGAUGAACAAGGAGCUACGAGAUCGUCUUUGUUGCCGAAUGACUUUUGGGACUGCGGGACUUCGUUCUGCUAUGGGGGCAGGAUUUUGCUAUAUAAAUGACCUUACAGUAAUACAGUCAACACAGGGAAUGUACAAAUACCUUGAGAGAUGUUUCUCAGACUUCAAGCAGAGAGGCUUUGUCGUUGGGUAUGACACCCGGGGUCAAGUUACUAGCAGCUGCAGCAGCCAGAGACUUGCAAAACUCACUGCUGCAGUCUUACUGGCCAAGGAUGUUCCUGUGUACCUUUUUUCAAGAUAUGUUCCUACGCCUUUUGUACCAUAUGCGGUCCAGGAGCUCAAAGCAGUUGCAGGUGUGAUGAUUACUGCUUCUCACAACCGCAAAGAAGACAAUGGGUACAAGGUUUAUUGGGAAACUGGUGCCCAGAUCACAUCUCCUCAUGAUAAAGAAAUUCUGAAAUGUAUAGAAGAAUGUGUGGAACCUUGGAAUGGUUCCUGGAAUGAUAAUUUAGUGGACACCAGCCCACUGAAGAGAGAUCCUCUGCAGGACAUUUGCAGAAGAUACAUGGAAGAUCUUAAAAAGAUCUGUUUUCACAGGGAAUUAAACUCAAAGACCACCUUGAAAUUUGUACAUACAUCUUUUCAUGGGGUCGGACAUGACUAUGUGCAGCUGGCUUUUCAAGUGUUUGGUUUUAAGCCUCCUAUUCCAGUACCAGAACAAAAAGAUCCUGAUCCAGAUUUUUCUACUGUUAAAUGCCCAAAUCCUGAAGAAGGAGAAUCCGUGCUGGAACUUUCUUUGAGACUGGCAGAGAGAGAAAAUGCCCGUGUAGUGCUAGCCACAGAUCCUGAUGCAGACCGACUGGCAGUGGCAGAGCUUCAGGAGAAUGGUCAUUGGAAAGUAUUCACAGGAAAUGAAUUGGCAGCUUUGUUUGGGUGGUGGAUGUUUGAUUGCUGGAAGAAAAAUAAAUCAAGAAAUGCUGAUGUGAAGAACGUUUAUAUGUUAGCUACCACAGUCUCUUCCAAAAUUUUGAAGGCAAUUGCACUUGAAGAAGGAUUUCAUUUUGAAGAAACAUUACCAGGUUUUAAGUGGAUUGGAUGUAGGAUAAAAGACCUCCUGGAAAAUGGGAAAGAAGUCCUUUUUGCAUUUGAGGAAUCGAUUGGUUUUCUGUGUGGAACUUCAGUUUUGGAGAAAGAUGGGGUGAGUGCAGCCGUUGUUGUUGCUGAGAUGGCAGCUUACCUGGAAACCAUGAACAUAACGUUGAAACAGCAAUUGACUAAGGUUUAUGAAAAAUAUGGUUAUCAUAUUUCAAAAACGUCCUAUUUCUUGUGUUAUGAUCCAAUUACCAUCAAAAGUAUAUUUGAAAGGCUUCGCAAUUUUGAUGCUCCAAAAGAAUAUCCAAGAUUUUGUGGGACAUUUGCUAUAUUGCACAUUCGGGACAUUACCACUGGAUAUGACAGCAGCCAGCCUAAUAAGAAAUCAGUGCUGCCUGUGAGUAAAAACAGCCAAAUGAUUACAUUUACUUUUCAAAAUGGCUGUGUGGCUACUCUUCGGACAAGUGGGACAGAACCCAAGAUAAAGUAUUAUGCAGAGAUGUGUGCAUCGCCUGAGCAGAGUGACACUGCCUUACUAGAAGAGGAAUUGAAGAAACUCAUUGAAGCUUUGAUUGAGAAUUUUCUUGAGCCCAGUAAAAAUGGACUGAUCUGGCGUUCUGUUUAGUGCACACCAGCACAUCAUUAUUUUGCACUGGCACAUGGAACAGAACAACAAAGAACUCCAUGUGUUGACGUCAUGUUAGCAUUCUCUCUUUAUCUCCUCUGGCCAAGUAUCCUUUUACUUUUAUUUUCUUUCUUUUGGUUGGCUGACUAACCAAGCAUAUCAGUUCAAAAUGCAAUGGUCUAGAGAGAAAUGAUUGAACAAAAGUCAUUGCAUUAAAAGUAUUAUAGUGACAUGUUGUUCUUCCUUUAACAGAAAAAAAUACAUAAGUGAGUUUUCUUAUUUAAGUGUGAUUAAGCUUAGUUCCAUAUUAUAAUUGUGUAGAGCACGGUUUAAAAAAAAAAAA